GCAACAGUCCCAAACGGUAAAAUCCCAAGACUAACAUUGACGUUGUAAAAACAGCAUCGCUUAUUGGAUGAACCUAUCAACGGGCCAAUCAGCGACAGCAUUACUCAUGACGACGUCGCUCUGAGUUUUGAUUUCAGAAGCUAACAUUAGCCGCCGUGCUGCUGAAAGAUGUCGCUGAAGCAGGGUAUUGGCAGUUCAGAGUACUUGAAGAAAAGGAUUCCACAGAACCCAAAAUUUCAACAUGUAAAAACACGAAUUGACACAGGCUGCAGCCUGUCAAAAUAUAUGGAGAGACUAGAGGAGGCACGAAAAAAUUACAGAUAUAGGAAGGAUGAGCUUUUCAAAAGGCUAAAAGUCACUACAUUUGCACAGCUGGUGAUACAAGUUGCAUCAGUAUCAGAUCAAAAUGACAUCAUAAAAGAUGAAAUGGCAAGAUUAGACGAUGAUGUUUCAAUUUUCUCGGAGUCACCAGGACUCGAUCAUCUCUCCGAUCAGACGAAUGGCUCCCCACAGCCUACAAUUCUCACACCACAGCAUACUAACAAUGAAGAAUCCGGUGAUGCUGGGUUUACUUCUAGAUCUACGCUUCAAAGUGUCAUCAGUGGCGUGGGAGAAUUGGAUCUCGACAAGAACGGGCAGAUGACCGUUCGGUUAUCUCCAGUGUCUACCUCCAAUAUCACUGAAUCCCCUUACCCUGACUGCCCGUAUCUUUUGCUGGAUGUUCGGGACAGGGACCAGUACGACCAGUGCCACAUUAUAAGUGCUUAUAGUUACCCUAUUGCAACUUUAUCAAGGACAAUGAACCCAUACACUAGAGAAGUGCUUGAAUAUAAAAAUGCUUCGGGAAAGAUCAUAAUCGUAUAUGAUGAAGACGAAAGGAUAGCGAGUCAAGCGGCCACCACCAUGUGCGAGAGAGGCUUUGAGAAUCUCUUCAUGUUAUCGGGUGGUUUAAAGGUGGUCGCUCAGAAGUUCCCAGAGGGAAUGACAACCGGCUCCAUUCCCGUCUCCUGUCUGCAGUCACCCUCCGGAUCUGGAGGUCGUAAACGAUCGGUGCCACAGCAGACGCCGCAGCCGGCAGAAAAAAAGUGGCGGUUCACCUCGGAGGACCUCAGCAGAAUCCAGCAUCACCUGGAGGAGGUGUUCAUACCCAGCGAGCCCAGCAGUCGUCUUAGCAGCAGAAUGUCCACCGGCAGCGCUCGCUCAAAAGCAUCUAGUGUCCGGAGCAGUCGACAGGGAUCGUCCAUAGCCGGGUCACGGAGCAGUCGACCUUGGAAAUGACCCCAGUCACCUUCAUCAAUGUCAUUUUCACCCUAAUUCCCUAAAUAAAGUUGAACGUUUUUAUCCAAUUCCUGUACACAAUUGUGAUGGACACUACUCUAAACCACUGGCAUUCUUUCUGUUCAUUAAAUGAAUGCAGCAUGAUUUAAUUUUAACAUAA